AUGGCAUCUUCCCCUCCAUCCUCUGAUAGCUCGGUGUCCCUCCCCCUUGGGCAGGGAUCUGUGACCCUGCACUUCUGUCCUUGGGGUUGGAGGAGCAGAAGGCAGGAGUUGGUCCCACUGAGUGAYUCUUUGUUUGGAACAGUGAAUGGCACUACUGGAGAAGGCCUGUCCCUGAGUGUCUCUGAACGUCGCCAGGUCGCAGAGGAGUGGGUGACACAAGGGAGGAACAAGCUGGAUCAGGUGGUGAUUCACGUGGGGGCACUGAGCUUGAAGGAGUCCCAAGAACUGGCCCAGCAUGCAGCAGAAAUUGGAGCUGAUGGCAUUGCUGUCAUUGCACCUUUCUUUCUCAAACCGUGGAACAAGGAUGUCCUGAUUAAUUUUCUAAAAGAGGUGGCAGCAUCUGCCCCUGCAUUGCCAUUCUAUUACUAUCACAUUCCUGCCUUGACGGGGGUAAAGAUUCGUGCAGAGGAAUUGUUGGAUGGGAUUCAGGAUAAGAUCCCCACCUUCCAAGGGCUGAAAUUCAGUGACACAGAUCUSUUAGACUUCGGCCAGUGUGUUGAUCAGAAUCACCAACGACAGUUUUCUUUGCUCUUUGGGGUGGAUGAGCAACUGUUGAGUGGUCUGGUAAUGGGAGCAACUGGAGCAGUGGGCAGCACCUAUAACUACCUAGGAAAAAAGACAAACCAGAUGCUGGAGGCUUUUGAGAGGAAGGACUUCUCUUCAGCCCUGAACUAUCAGCAUUCCUGGCACACCUGCCCCCAUGGAAACCACCUCCCUCCCUUUUGCUUCACUUGUUUCAAACAGAACCUGUCCCCAUUGUCCCUGUCUGAUCAAGACAGGCCUCACAGGGAAUGA